ACGGUCACACCACCGUCGCCACCACCGACAGAACCUGCAGCGGCAGUGUCCAACACCGCAAUGCCGCCGCCGGCGUCGGCAGCACCAGAGAAGAAAAAGAGCAAGAAGAAGAAGAAGGUGAAGAUGGAGAAGGUGAUGGCCAAGGAGGAGGAGCUGUCCAAAGCAAAAUGCGAGGAGGGGGCCGAUGGAACACUGGACGCGGCGGACGGCAAUGACGACGAUGACAGCGCGCCGACAAAGGCGCCGAAGACUGGCCUGGGGCUGAAGCUGGACACCGACGACGUGCUCAAGGAGUGGUCCGGCAAAGGGUCUAUGUUCGCGGAGGGCGGCGCGCCGGAUUCGUCGGAGUCUGCCGCCGAAGUGCGGGCCAAACUUGCAGACAUCGACUUGUUUCCUGAGAACGGGUCCGGCGGCAUCAGGGAAGCAAGGGUGAUGAGGUACAAGGAGAAGCGGCGCAACCGGCUGUUCUCGAAGAAGAUCCGGUACCAGGUGCGGAAGGUGAACGCCGACUGCCGGCCUCGGAUGAAGGCAAGCACUACUAGAACUGAUGCUUGAAAGAAUAAAAAGUUGCAGUAUAAUAUUUGGAAGGUUUGUUAGGAGCCCAUCUCUUCUGCAGCAAGCCCUGGAGGAAGAGAGCUAGAUAUAGUGAUACUUGUUGCUAGCCUUUAAAUGGACACCUCUUUUUUGGCCCUUUUUAGCUUCUCUCAUUAGCCAAGAGACCUCAGUGAGUGAGUGAGUUUUUUGUUCCCUCCCCUUUUUUUCUUUUCUUUUCUUUGUGUUUCGGAGUUUUGCUUUGCGGAGAGAGGAGGAUAGUGAUGCCCAGUUGCCAUGGGGAUCAGAGAUCAGGUCAGGUCACAUAGUUUUUAUGUCUCGGGUUUACAAUGUGAGGUAAAGGAAGGAAAUAAAGUGAUGCUAGAAUAUUACAGUCAUA